ACCCCACCUUCUUACUUCUUCGUCUUCUCUCUCUUUCUUUUUCUGUAUACCCUUUUCUGGUCCCACAGCCGCAAUACCCACAAAAUUUUACCUUACAAAUUGAGAAAAACACUAAAGUUAGAAGAAUAAAUAAACAAAGAACCGAAAAAAUAAAUAUGACAGAGAAAAAAAGAACGCACUGUGCAGUUGUGCUGUGUGAUUCGCACUUUUUCUCUUACGAAGCAGAGUGAAUGAGUGAAAACUCCAGAUUUCAGCAAAUUAAAUCAAAAGUAGACAUUAUUCUUUGAAGAAAAAUUGAGCUUUCAACUUUUCUUUCUCUCUCCUCCUUCCACAAUCUCGAUCCAAUCGAGAGUUUUUAGUGGUGGUUUUUACGAUUUUUGAAGUUUUAAGUCUAUCCAAAUGUUGGAAGAUCUUUCAUUUGCUUUCUUAAGGGACUUCUCUAGUCGCUGUGAACAGGAAAGUAAUUGGAUGUAUGAUGGAUUUAGUUUAUUUGGGACCUCCAAUUAUAAGCGUAAAUCUGAAGAUGGCGAAAAACUUGGGAACUCACUCAAGUUGUUGAAAAUCAAUAAGACAGGGGAAAUGGAAGUCGAUUUCUUGAACCUUUCAGUUUCCCUGGUUGUAGACCCAUCUGAGAACAUUGACAAUGCUGAUGGAGAUCAGUCAGAUACGAGUUCUCUUAUUCACCAAAUUGGAAAGGACAACUCAAUAGACUGCAUUGCUCGCUGCUCUAGGUCCGAUUAUGGGUCUAUUGCUGCUGUGAAUCGUAACUUUCGUUCUUUAAUCGAGAGCGAAGAGCUUUACAAAUUAAGGCGGAAAAUGGGUAUUGUGGAGCAUUGGAUUUACUUUUCUUGCAGUCUGCUUGAAUGGGAGGUAUUUGAUCCCAUUCGCCUUCGUUGGAAGCAUUUGCCUAGAAUGCCUUCCAAUGAUUGCUUUAUGCAUUCGGAUAAGGAGUCACUUGCGGUUGGUACCGAACUUUUGGUCUUUGGAAAGGGAAUAACCACUCACUUGAUUUAUAAAUAUAGCCUUGUGACAAAUUCAUGGUCUACUGGCAUGGAAAUGAAUACGCCAAGGUGCUUAUUUGGUUCUGCUACACUGGGAGGUAUUGCCAUUGUAGCUGGUGGAUGUGAUUUUCGGGGAAAUAUAUUUUCCUCAGCCGAGCUAUACAAUUCAGAUACUGGGACAUGGGUGACUCUCCCAAGUAUGAAUAAAGCUAGGAAGAAAUGUUCCGCUGUCUUUAUGGACGGCAAGUUCUAUGUAGUUGGGGGACUCGGGGUUGAGAACUCGAAUCCUCUUACUUGUGGAGAGGUUUUUGAUUUGGAGAGACGGACUUGGACUGAGAUACCGGACAUGCUUCCUUUGAGGAAUCCCGAGCCAGGGGCACCUGAAUCAUUUGCAAUGUCAGAAGCACCCCCUCUGCUGACCGUGGUGAAUAAUGAGCUCUAUGCUGCAGAUUAUGCAAGGAAAGAGGUCAGGAAAUACAAUAAAAGCUUAAACUCAUGGGCCACGGUAGGAAGUUUGCCAGAGAGGGCGGUCUCAAUGCAUGGCUGGGGUCUAGCAUUUCGAGGAUGUGGCGAUGAGCUUAUUGUUUUAGGGGGUCCUAGGGCUUUGGAUGGAGGUUACAUAGAAGUAAAUUCUUGGGCUCCCUCUGUAAGCCCACAGCAAUGGACGGUGCUUGGUAGGAAACAAUCUGGUGGUUUUGUGUACAAUUGUGCAAUAAUGGGCUGCUAAUAAGAUGCUAGGAUAGCACCACAUUGGUGCUCUAUGAUUAAAGAUUGAUAAAUGCCGUUUUUAUCUGGUGGUUGGUCUAUAACUCACCUUGGAAAGGUUGCAUUUCCUAUGUAGGCUCUUGCCAUUCUGCAUUUGAGUCUUAAUUCUGUACCAUUCAUCUGCAUAUUCUUCUUUCAGCAUCUCUGGAGAGUAUGUUGAGCAUUAGUCUCAAAUAUGGUUCAAUAACUUGAAGCAGUGAGCCAUUUUAGUCUCCAUCAAGUAAAUGUAGAAAGUCGUUCUGGAAUUGAGGUGUCCCUUUUACUUUGCUUUUCCUUUCCAACAUCUGACCAUUUAGUAUUUCAUAGACUAUGAAUUAUCAAUUGCUCUCUCAGAGCUUCAGUUUAGCUUGACUAUGUUUCGCUUCUCAUUAAUUUUCAAUUGAUAAUACAUGAAUUUCUUGA